AAAAUCCAGAUCAAGCUUAGUUUAAAAAAUAUACUUAUUAUCAAUUUUGACAUAUAUCUGACAUAAGCGUACGUUUGAGUCUUGUUCAUGUUUAAAAUUUUACAACUUGACAGUUCGUUGUGUAUAAGUCAAUGAUCCUAUUCUAUUAUGUUAACAAUUAUUUUAAAACGUUAGUAGUCAAAUAUUUUAUUACCUAUUUAAUAAUAUUUGGUUCAAAUAAGCAACUGUUGCUAUGACUUCCGAAAUUGACGUCUUACAAACAAAUGAAUUCUUACGAAGACGGAAAUUGAGACUACAACAGGUCAGAGAACAAUCAAAAGAUAUAGCAAAAAGAAUUAGACAACGCGCUAAAGUAGAAAAGUCGCGGAAUUUAGCAGAUAUUGACUCUAAAAAGGAAAAAGAAUAUUUUGAAUGUCAAGAGAAAUUAGUGAAACGUUUAGAAUUACUCUAUUCUAAAGGCUUGCAGAAUGUCGGAGCUAGUCACAAAAAAGCACUUGAAGCUUGUGAACCAGAUUUAAAAGAAAAGACUGACCCAUCUAAGCUACGUGGAAGAGAAGCCACUGCUGAAGUCAGAAAAAGAAGGCAAGAAAAACUAGAUGAACAAAAAAAAGUUUUGGACAGGAAGUUAAAAGCAAGAGAAGUGGCUAAUGAAAUUAGUCGUGAGAAAUCAUCUACUAUUACCAAGAAUUUAAUUAAACAGGUAAAGAGAACUGACAAUCUACAAACUAAAUCUGCAAGUAGUAUAAAUGAGAAAAAUGAUAAAGUAUUAAAUGGAAAUAUAGAUUCAAAAAAAGACAAUCUCAAUGUAUCAAAAGCAGAUAUGGCAACACAAUGGGAAUUGGGAGAGUUGCCGAAUGAAUGGGAACCCAAUAUACCAGCAUUAUCAUUACCAAAAGACGAAACUGCUCAAGACCCAAUUGUACAUACAGAGAAAUCGGACAUAAAUAAACGACCUAAUUUAUUUGCAUUGAGUGAAGAGAUGCCAUCCAGUCUACGUGGAGGUCAUUCAAGUGUGCCUGAAGAAACAGUUCCUUUAAAGACGUCACUGAAUCUUGUAUCUGAAUAUUUGCAAAAUAGAAAUUUACGAUUAAGACAAUUUGAACCAUUCAAAAAAUCAACCGAUGACUUGCAAAGUAUUAAACAGACAAUCCUACGUACUAGAGCUUCGAGAGCAGAUGGUAGUGUAUUUCAUAGUAUUUGUCAUGUGUUAGAUGAGCAAGUUAUUCCAGUCCCUUCCUGGCAACCUGAAGAAAACAUUGGUUUAUGUAAUCACCACUCAAAACAUACUCCUUAUUCUCAUAAAUGUCUUUCAAAAUUUUCAAAGGAUAUGCAUUCUUCUCUAUUAUCAAACCGGAAUAAUUUAAAUCAAGUGCCUAAUUUGUCCUCUAGAAGUAAUAAAUUUUCUUGUGGAACAGAGACAGUUUCAGGUAAUAAAGAGAAGUCUUUCAGAUCAACUGUUCCCGAUAUAGCAAUAAAUAGGAAGAAAUUUAUAUCAGUCUAUAAUCAUAAUACAAGAGAUAUAAUGGAUGUACCAUAUGGCAAAGAAGAAGUUGUUUCUCAUGAUAAGAAAACUGAUGAUGAUGCAUAUGCCCAAGCUUUUCAAGAAACGGCCAGUGCAAGUAAUAUGGAAAAAGAACAACUUAACAAAAGACAACAGGAUAUGAGGAAUAAAGUUGCCGUUACUAAACAGAAUGUUGACAAAGAAUACAGAGACACUUUAGCUUUUUUAAACUCUCUUCCUAAAGACAAUGGUUUCAAGCCUAUAAGAACAUCAUAUAUGGAUGAUCAAAGACAACAAUUACAAAAGGACAAACAUCAGAGGAAAUUACAGCAAGAGUUCAAAAAAAUCGAAAAGGAACAUCAAAAACAUAAUUGCAAGCAUAAGAAAAGAAAAUCAACUGUAUUAGAAAAAAGUAGGAGUGAAUCAAAAUCACCAGUGACCACGGAUGAACGACAAAGAAGGGACUUUGAAUAUUCCUGGAUGCCGGUACCUGAGAGUGAUGGCAACUUUGCCAUACAUACAAUCCCAACGACAACAAAGAAUAAAUCAGGCAAUACUGUUAAAUUUAGUGAACCUAACAGCUAUCACGAGUACAGGUCAAGGCAUAAACACACUCCACCAACAAAAGAUAACAACAAUGAAAAACACGAGAAGAAAAUCGUCGAAACUGUUAUCGUGCAGCAAAAUAGUAAUGGAUCAGAUGAAACUGAAAACUCUGUUUGUUCUGAUACCAGCUCUGUCGAAAAUUUGAGCCUUGAAAGAAACAAAAAUGUCUCCAAUAUUGAUUCAAAACUAAGAGAUGCAGAUAGAAUCAUAAUAUACAAAAUUUUAGAUUCAAGAAAUAAAAAAAAAGGCAAAACUAAGAAGUCUGAAGGGUUCACUGAUUAUAAAAAGUUUUCUAAUCCCUCAGAAAACCUUUCUGAAAAACAGAAAACGGAAAAUUUAGAAAGAAAUAUUCAUACCAUACAUAAAGAAGUUUCUUUUGAACAAGUCAAGGAAGGUGUCUACAAAGGUGUCAAUAAUGAAGGACUUGUACACGACUACCUCUGUUGCACAAAUGACGUAGAUGUCUGGGGGACGUCUACUGAGCGUAAAUAUUGGUGGGAUAAUAUAACAUCAAUGUACUUCACAAAAGAUUAUGAAGUUACUGAGUGUGGAAAUCAAAAUAGACAAAGUGACAAACUCGAGCAAUCCAAAUGUUGUGGGAAAACUAUUUCAAGACAAAAGAAUAGAGAAUAUCAAAACCAAGGUGGAGAUCCCAUAUUGAGAACAACAAAGACAAAUGACAAUUGUAACUGCGGGAAGAAGAGCAACGAGAACAGUUUGUUAAUACAGUCAUCUGCAGCUACAUCAUCAACAUCUUUCAAGACUGCACCUAAUGAUAAAGCUGGUAAUGUUAAUCAUGAUAGUGGAUUAAUCAAACUGAUAGAGGAUGGGGGAAAUGAAGCUGGUAAAUUCUACAUUGGUGCUUCUGGAUUUAUAAAAGACGAUAACUACGAAGUUGUUAUCCAGCUGAGAAAGAAAGAUGGCGAAAAAGUAACCAAUCAAGAAAAUAAAAAUGCAUCUAUCGCUGAUACUACGUCUGAAAAAUUUAAUACAUUAACUACACUUGAGAACAAUCAAGUUUCAGAUGAUGUGGGAAAUUUAGAUCAGUUAUCAAAGAAUAAGGAAGAAAAUGUAGUAUCUGCAACAUCUUUGAACGUAAAUGAAACUAAAAAUGUAGUUGAAACUAGUGAUGCAGUAAAAAAUGUCGAUAAACAGUCAUUAAGCAAAGAAGAAAGUGAAGCUGUAAGGACAGAGAUAAUUAUAAAACCACAAAUUAGUAAUAUGUGUGAGAAAGCAGUACACACUUCUUUCGAUGAUACUUAUGCUAUUCCAAUCCAUGUACGUAAAGCUGAUCCCUUAUCAAGACCAGCCACUUCUACAUAUACACAAACUUCAUUUAACUCAUCCAUUCAACGUCCAGUGUUUAUGCACAUGAGCUCAUCUACAUCUACAGCCUAUAUGAGUCCACCUGAAUUAGUGUUACCAAAAUUUUUAAAACAAGAUUAUAUUAUGACCCAUGAUGACAUGUUUGAAUCUGAAAAUACUGUCAAUCAAACCGAUCCACAGUAUGAAAUAAUAGGGGGAGAUUGUGAAGAAUGCAGGUGUAAACGUUGUGCCAGUAUUGGAAAAACAUCUGCAGGUGAUUUAAAUUUUAAGAAAAGAAAUACAAAUAAUACACCACCUAACACUGCACGAAGUAACAACGGUACUAGGUCAACAAGUGUAUUGAAAAAAACUAAAAACCGAAAUUGUAAAUGUCACAAAUGCAAAUGCAGAAGUGAAAUGAAAUUAUGUAAGUCUCACAGAAAAAGAACAAAAAGUGGAAGUGGAAAUACUAACUCAACAAUGGAUUAUUUGAAUAAAAAUUCAAAAAUAAAAGUACCAUCAAGCAGAUAUCAUCAGCCGAUUAGCAAUAUUAAAGAAAAAGCAGAUAAUAAAAUUAAUCCUCUAGUUAAAACAUAUGUCCAAAAACUUUUAGCUCUAAAUAGAGAAGGCUUAAAAGCUGUUGAAAUAAUGAAUCAAAAUUGCAGUGCCGUGUCAACACCAGGUAGUUCUAUUAUUAAUGCACCGAGCAACAAUGAUAAAAAACGUAGCUCAACAGAAAUUUUAGAAAAUAAAAUAUCCCUGGAACAGAUAAAAAAUGUUUUUAAGCAACAGAUUUUAAAAGAGAAUUUCAAUCAAUGCAAACAAAAUAUUAAAUCUACCAAUAUGAAUAGUAUUGAUAGUCAAACGGAAAAAAAUCCAAAGCUAUUGAAGAUUCUAAAGAAAAAAUCAGUACAUAAAGUAAAAUCAUUGAAUAUAUCGCGGCAGCUACUAAACAAAAAGAAAACUGAGUUUCGGCGUCCCGUUUAUAAUUCAAAAAUUGUAACAUCGACGUCCUCAUCUACACGUGAAGAAAAAAAAGUAGUUUGUAUAGAUACUAAAAAGUCUAGGUCAAGAUGUAAAAGUUCUCCUACACCCAGAUCAUUUGGGAAUUCAGAGUAUAAAAAUAGUACUAGUUCUGAUAUGGAUGACCCCAAUUAUAAAAAAACAUUUAAACCAGUUGCCAAGAAUUGGACUGCACAAAUAAAUAACAAUAAUCUCAUAAACGACCCUGACUCAAUAAAUACAAAUUCUAAUCAAAAACAAAACAAAAAAAUUAGUCAGUUAAAUAUAAGGGCACAUCAAUUAAAACAAUCAUAUAUUUCGUCAGACUCCGAAGUUCCCAGUGUUGUGUCAAAACACCUAACAGAGCCGCGGUCCCCGACAAAUUUUUCAACGCAAACAAAUAGAAGCAUUGAUAUUGAAACAAAUUUUAUGAAAGUUGCAGAGGAUAAGCUACAAAAUAUGGAAAAAAUUGCUGACUUAACUGAGAAAUGUACGAAACGAUUAUCAAACUUAGCAAAAGUUUUAGAAGAAGUAAGAAGAAAUAAAUCAUUAGUUUAUAGUCAAAUAUCUACGUCUGAUUCAGCAUCGGAAUCUGAACACAAAUCCGACAAAAAUGAAAUCACAGAAACACCAGUACCUUAUCAUCAUGUUAUAAUUCAAAAGGGAACGCAACCGUCUUUUUCGUCACUAACAAGUCCACUAAAUUUAGAUGAGAAAAAAUUAUGUACAAAGGAUUCAACAGAAUACACGCCCCUUUUAAAUGACAUUCCUAAACCUGUAAGUUUUGUUAUCCCUUCAAAUGAAGAAUGUGUUCCCUCAAAUGAUAAAACUUCUAACACAAAAAAUACAACUACGGAAUGUGAGGGUGUAAAAAUGAGAGGUAAACCGCCCCCUGCAUUAUCGCGUAUUAAUCUAAAAAACGGGCAAGAUAUAUGCGUUACUCCUCAUGAGCUAUCAACUGUUAUAGAAGUAGAUUCUCCUAUGAGUUUUAAACUUAAAAACCAAUCUGCUCGACUAGACACUAAAAUUGAGGUGCCUGUCCAAUCCAAUCAAACGUCUGAUGAGGCUGACAGUCAAAAUAAAAUCAAUGUGGCUAAUACUUCCCCAAAUGUAAAAGAACCGCGUAUUGAUCCAGACUUGUUACAAAGCAACUUAACUGUAUUUAAGAAUCAGGCUAAAGUGUCUACUGACUCCUCAGAUGAUUCUAAAAUACAAACAAUGGAUAUAAAUCGUUUCAAUGAUAUUAUGUUAAAACCCUUUAUUAGUCUCCAAGAAUAUGCUAAGCAAUAUAGUAUUGGACUAGAGGAGGGAUCUAACAUGGAAGAUGUUAUAAACAGUGAUCCAGUAAAUGAAGACUUAAGUUCCCUUCACUCUGAUGGUAGCUUACCUGAUGUUAUAGCAGAAUUAUUAAAAAGAAAUAUUAUUAGUGAACCUUUUAAGUUCGACACUGCUUCCAACGGUAAUUCUACAACUAUAUCAUCUGAAUCAACAUUGUCUAUAUUAGCACUGUCUAAAACAAGAAAGGACAAAAAGAAAACAGGGUUAUUGAUAAAAAAUAAGGAAAAUAUAGCCGAUACAUCCGAAACAUUAAGUAUAUCAUCUAAUCCUGAUUUAGAGAAUGCAUUCCAAAAGCUAGGAAUGGGCUGGGCUUCUUCUACUUUAAAAAAGACGAAGGAGCGUUUAGCUUUAUCUUCUUCGUCUAACACAUCUAGUUCAAGUAUGGCACAAUUCAAAAUAAAAAGCUUUAGCCAAGUUACACCUACUUUAACAACUGAUUCCACCUCGUCUUUGCUAGAUAUCUCAAAAGAUCAAAAGAUACAGUCGUUAGAGCGGAAUGUAAAAGAUAACUAUAAAAAUGCCGUUCAGCAGACCUCAUUGACUAAUUCGAUGACCGUAAAAGAAUUUCUGACGAAUGAAUUAGCUAAAAAAAUAACUUUUAGCAAUAAGUCCACAAGGAAAGAAGCCGAUGAGGAAUUUGUUUCAUUGUAUGAGACCAAUAUGCCUGAAGAUAUGAAAUGCACUAAUGUUGAGAUACAAGAAGAUGACGCUCAAUCAACUGUUGUUAGCAAUACUAGAGCACGUACUUCAACUCCAGUACAGAUAUUUAAGUCUACAACAUACAAUUCCACUUCGAGUUCCAGUACUUCUAAUGGAUUAUUUAGUAACGCUGAUGAAUUGUCAUCUGUUAAGGUGACCUCGACCUCCAUGCGUAAUCAUUCCACAUCCGACAAGGAUGAUUUAACCAUUCCAAGUUACAGUUUAAAAACGAGAAAAGAAUUAUCGGACUUUAGUAAAAGUGAUUGAUUAUAUUGCAGUUAUAUAUUUUUUGUGCAACUAUGAAUUUUUAUAUAAAUAUUUAAAUGGCAUGUUACUUAAAAUUUA